AUGGCUGCGCCGCCAGGCCUUAAUAAGGUACCGCAACUAUUCGAGAGGUUUUUUGUCUUCCUAGUAUCAUACACGACAAUGCUGUUUAAAGGAUUGAAUGGCCUUAUCUCGCUGCUUUUCACAGCUGGUACCAUCCUACUACUGUUUUUUAUUAUCCUCGGUGGAAUCAAGGGCACUGGCGUGACAUCACACUUCUAUUACUUCCGGGCAGUCACCAGCUCUAUUGUUCCGAGCACUCCCGGCGUAACUCAAUGGUCAUUUUGGGGUGUCUGCUUCUACUCGGGUGACAAUGCCUCUCACCCUGGCGACAACGCUGGCUGCAGUCCCCACCAUCCUGCGUUUGGCUUCGACUUGGGCAACAACCUGGGCACCAGCGAUGUCCCUGACUCAUUCAGAAGACGUCACGACUCUUUGUACUACCUGUCUCGUUUCCUCUUCCCUUUCUUUGUGAUUGGUCUUUUCUUCGAGGUUGUCAAGCUUUUUGUCUUCCCCUUCCAGUACAAGAGCAAGAUUGUUAGUCUCACUGCUUACAUUUCGAACAUUAUCAGUUUCUUGUUCGUUACCAGCGCUGCAGCUUUGGUUACUGCGCUCAAUGUCAAAGCUCGCACUGCAUUCCAAGAGGCUGGCGAGCAGAGCACCCAUCUGGGUCGUCUAGUCAUUGCCUUUGCUUGGACUUGUGUUUUCAUGAUCAUGUGCCAGUUUGUUUUAUUGUGCUAUGUUCGUCCUGCCCGCAAUUCCGGUGGUGUUGCGUCUGGUGCCGCAUAUUCCAGCGGCGGCUACGCGGCGGCCAGCAACAAGAAGUCUCGCUACCGCUUUGGUUUGGGCUCCAAGAAGACCACCGAGACGGUUGUUGUCCCCGCGGAUAAUACCAGUAUCAAUGAAGCUGCUGAACGAUCCUCCUAUGUGCGGGCUUAA